AAACAAAUAAAGGAAUGAUUGACGGGACAUUUUACACUCUAAUGUUUCAAUUAAAAGAUCAAAAAUAAGACGAUGAGAUAAAGUGAAAUAAAUGUAGAAUUAAAUAUUGAUUGAAAUUAGAGUUAUAUGAUAUGAUUAACAUAUAUGUAUCGGAUUUGACACGUUUGCGUGGUGUUGUUCUGCAGGACGAGCAUCCAGCUGUUCCAGAAGCAGCUGUGAUCGGUUUCCCUCAUGAGAUCAAAGGAGAAGUACCGUUUGCCUUCGUGGUUUUGAAGGAGGACUUUGGAGUUGACCCCCCCCUCGUCCUGCAGCAGCUCAGAGAUCUCGUCUCCACAAAGAUCGCCAGAUACGCCGUUCCUGAGCACUUCCUGGUUGUGAAGAGGCUGCCGAAGACUCGCUCCGGGAAGAUCAUGAGGCGGAUCCUCAGGAAGGUUGCCAUGGAGACCACAGGUGACCUCGGUGACGUGUCGACCCUGGACGACCCGUCUGUUGUCAUGGAGAUCAUCGAGGCUCACAAGCAGUAUAGAACGCAGAGGGGGGGAGAUAAGAAGAAGAACUUCCCGUUGCUGCCUGUUUAAAAGACACAGGGGGGGGAGGGGGGGGGUCAUUGGAUGGGACCAAGCAGGUCCUCAGGUACGACAUCAUCGCUCUGCAGGUUGACCCGCUGUGCACACACACAAUCUUGUGUCUUCUGUUUGUAACAUGUCAAAUCCACCGUAAACCUUUUAAAGUGAAAGAAAUUAUGUGUUUUAGUUUUUAGACUAAAGUCCUCUUUUCUAAAUGAAAAUCUGAAUUUUAACAUUUAAAAAAUACAAGAUUAGAAAUGAAAUACAGUGUUUCUGCUCAUUUUGAAAUAGAUUGAUACAGAUGUAUUUCAUAAUAAAAGAUAACAACAGACAGAG